CGGAGCGUGAGCGGGGGUCCGGCGGCGGGUUAAGAGCGCAGCGAGCGCCGAGGCCCCGCGAGCUCCCGGACGCCGCACAGCAGCCCCGGCUCCCGCCGCCCGCGCACGCGCCCCGCCGCCGCCGCCGCCGCAGGCAGGAGCCGUCCGCGCCGCCCGCACCAUGCCCCGCAUAGACGCGGACCUCAAGCUCGACUUCAAGGAUGUCCUGCUCCGACCCAAGCGGAGCAGCCUCAAGAGCCGAGCCGAGGUGGAUCUUGAGCGUACCUUCACGUUUCGAAACUCGAAGCAGACCUACUCAGGGAUUCCCAUCAUUGUGGCCAACAUGGACACUGUGGGGACAUUUGAGAUGGCAGCUGUGAUGUCACGGCACUCAAUGUUUACAGCAAUUCAUAAGCACUACACCCUGGAUGACUGGAAACUCUUUGCCUCAAAUCACCCAGAAUGCCUGCAGCAUGUAGCCGUGAGUUCAGGCAGCGGGCAGAACGAUCUGGAAAAGAUGACCAGCAUCCUGGAAGCUGUGCCACAGAUUAAGUUUAUUUGCCUGGAUGUGGCUAACGGGUAUUCGGAACAUUUUGUGGAAUUCGUGAAACUCGUCCGUGCCAAAUUUCCCGAACACACCAUUAUGGCAGGGAACGUGGUGACUGGAGAGAUGGUAGAAGAGCUCAUUCUGUCCGGAGCAGAUAUCAUCAAAGUGGGAGUUGGACCAGGUUCCGUGUGCACCACCCGCACCAAGACAGGGGUGGGCUACCCCCAGCUGAGUGCAGUGAUCGAGUGCGCCGACUCUGCCCACGGCCUGAAGGGGCACAUCAUCUCCGAUGGAGGCUGCACGUGUCCAGGAGAUGUCGCCAAAGCCUUUGGAGCCGGAGCAGAUUUUGUCAUGCUGGGAGGGAUGUUUUCGGGCCAUACUGAGUGUGCAGGAGAACUGAUUGAGAGGAACGGACGGAAGCUCAAGCUCUUCUACGGGAUGAGCUCUGAAACGGCCAUGAAGAAGCACGCAGGAGGAGUGGCCGAGUACAGAGCCUCUGAGGGUAAGACUGUGGAAGUCCCGUACAAAGGGGAUGUAGAAAACACCAUUCUGGAUAUUCUCGGAGGACUGAGGUCUACCUGCACCUAUGUGGGGGCCGCCAAACUCAAAGAGCUCAGCAGGAGGGCAACGUUCAUCCGGGUGACUCAACAGCACAACACCGUGUUCAGCUAACCCCGAGGAUGAGAGGAAUUGACGUCUGGCUUGAGUGGACGCUCCCACACACACCCGCUUUCCCCAUCUCCCUCCUAGUCUGUUCCAUCAGAGCUUCUGGCUGCUCCGAAUGGUGGAAUGCUGCAUCCUCCUCCUCCCUCCUGCGCCUGGAGGCUUUGGGGCUCUCCCUCGUGCCUUGUUGGGGCCCAGAAGAUGGGGCCAGCGGUCAGAGCCCAGCCGCCUAGAACUCAUAACCUCAUUGUUAAAACCAACUCUUGCACCUUUUUCUCUCUCUCUUUUUCUUCCUGCCUCCCUUUCUUUCUUUUUCUUUCUAUUUUAAAAGAAAAUGGUCUCACUUUAAUAUAAUGCUAUUAUCUAAAGACUUGAUUGAGUGCUGGAGUUUGCAUUUGCAGGACCCAAGUUGCAUAGGAUACUCAGGACUUCUUUGCCUUCCUUCUUGGACAGGCCAGUGGCGAGCCACUCUGGCUGUCAGUGGACAAGUCACCUUGGGAGGGGAGGGGAAGCAUGGGAGUGGAGAGAAGCCAGAAUUGGAGUGACUGGCAUCCCUCCCUCCAGCUUUUGGUUGCUGGAAAAGAACAAGAGCAACUGACUGUUCAGACGGACAUGAAUUAUCUUCCCAGCUUAUGUUCACAAGGUCGUGGGGAUGUGUUUUCACUGAAACCCUUAUUGCAUGUGCUUUUGGGAAACAAGUCAUCUCUUGCUACCAGUUUGCUGCCACUGCUAGGAAGCUGUCCCUGUCCUAGCUUUUCAUUUUGUUUUGUUCUAUGUCUUUUCCUUCCCUUCUCAGUCCCAACUUGUCAGGAUGGCCUCUCUUAAAGAGGUUAUAAAUUGUUUUGAAGUUCCA